GGCGAGCGGGGUCGGCCAGUGAUUACCAUUGUGAUGUGGGGGCGGUCGCAGGUGUUUUCGUCCUUGGAGCUCACCUGAUGUCAUUCGCCCGGCUGCAUCAUUUGGAAUGAAAAGAAUUUGCUUCUUGCCGUACACCACUCGGCUCUUCUUUGUACGUGAACGAACGUGGCAACCCAUCAAUCUGGCGAGACAAUCCAAACGACAGAAAACAAGUGACAGCAGAUCGAUUACAAUGGCACCCAAUCUUCCCUUCAAGCUGAACAACCCCGAGGUCUGGCGAGACCAGGCUUCCGUUGGAGGCGAAUGGGUUGAGGCGAAGAGCGGCAAACGCUUCGACGUCUACGACCCCGGCAAUGGCAAGGUGUGGGCCACCGCUCCCGACUGCGGGCCAGAAGACACGGACGCCGCCUGCAAGGCCUCGCACGAAGCCUUCCAGUCCUUCCGCAAGACGACCCCGAAACAAAGGGCUCAGUGGCUGCUGAAGUGGGAUCAGCUCAUCCGGGACAACAGGGAUGAUUUGGCGAACAUUGUGACACACGAGUGCGGCAAGCCGCUGUUCGAGUCUCAGGGCGAGCUCGACUACGCUCUGGGCUUCACCUGGUGGUUUGCUGGCGAGGCUGAGCGAGUCUUUGGCACUGUGCAGCAGCCUUCUGCCCCGGGCAGGAGAGUGUUCACCAUCAAGCAGCCGAUCGGUGUUGCCGUCGCCCUUGUGCCGUGGAACUUCCCCAUUGCCAUGAUCCUCCGAAAGGCCGGAGCCGCGCUGGCUGCAGGCUGCACCAUGAUCGUGAAGCCAUCUCCCGAAACGCCCUUCUCGGUGCUUUCGCUUGCAUACCUGGCUGAGAAGGCCGGCUUCCCCAAGGGCGUCUUCUCCGUCCUGCCGACCAGCCUCGACAACACCCCGCCCUUGAGCGAGUCCCUCUGCCGCCACCCUCUCGUGAAGAAGGUGACUUUCACCGGCAGCACUCGCGUUGGCAAGCUCGUUGCCAAGCACUGCUCCGACGGGUUGAAGAAGGUAACUUUGGAGUUGGGCGGUAACUGCCCCUUCCUGGUCUUUGAUGAUGCGGAUCUCGACCAAGCCGCUACCCAGCUGAUGGCCCUCAAGUGGCGCCACGCCGGUCAGGCCUGCAUCACUGCCAACCGCGUGUACGUGCAAAAGGGCGUUUACGACAAAUUCGCCCAGAUCCUGCUAGAGAAGACAAGGGCGCUUAAGAUUGGCCACGGCGCCACCGAGGGCACCACGCUCGGCCCCGUCACCACUCCCCGCAGCUUGGACAAGGCCGACGCACAGGUCGAGGACGCGAAGAAGCUGGGUGGCAAGAUUAUCUUGGGCGGCAAGAAGCUGCACGGCACCUCGGGCUACGACGGAUACUUCUACGAGCCGACUCUCAUCACCGGCGCGAAGAAGGAGAUGUUGAUUGCGCGCGAGGAGACGUUCGCGCCCGUCAUGGCGCUGUUCGAGUUCGAUACUGAGGAAGAGGUUGUGCAGAGAGCCAAUGACACUUCCAUGGGAUUGGCCAGCUACUUCUUCACCAAGAACAUUGACCGCACAUGGCGACUUUUGGAGAACCUCGAGGCGGGCAUGAUCGGCAUGAACACCGGCAACUCCUCCGCCGCCGAGACGCCGUUUGGUGGAAUCAAAGAGUCCGGCUACGGCAAGGAGUCUGGCAAGGAAGUUGCCAUCAACGAGUACUGCAUUACCAAGACCGGUACUCUCACCCUGGCCGACCACUACUAGAUUGCAGAUGUGCGCGGAUGAGUGGUAUAGAUUAAGGGUUUCUAGCUUCAAUGUACAUGUCGCUCGCAGAACAGGCUUCUUCAUGCACAUGUCUUCCUUCGUGCAGUGUCAUGUUCGGUGAUGAUUACUAGGCGACACGUGCACGCGCAUACCAGCG